AUUUCAUGUUGAUGGUGUUGUUUACGCACACUAAGUUGAGAGGCAUUGUUGUCUUUCAAACAAAAAAUGAAAUAAAAAGGAGAGACAUAUGCGUUGUUGAAUACGAUAAAAGUUGUGUCUUGACUCUGAACUAUAGGAGAAAUGUUAAUAUUCUGUUUUGGUUAGUCAAUACUCCAUUAUGGUACAAGGACAUAAGUUUCCAUUUUCCUUCAUCUUCAUAAGCAAGUAUUCUGCCAUGUCUUUCUCCUACUAGAUCACCCUUGAAAAGUAAGCCUGGGUAUAUGCCGGAACACGUUAUGCAAGUUUAAUUAGAAUCUUUGCAUUACAUGUGCUUUGCUUUUUAACUUGAACAGCUAACCCCUAGUUGCCUAUAUAUUCAGUGAGAAAUUCAAGCUACUACGGAGUGUGGGAUGAUAUGUUUGGGAACUAGAAAAAUUGUCUUGGAUGAAAUAUAAAGAUUUUCUUUAUCAGAAGAAAUGUAAAAUCUUUUUCUUUUCGUUAGUCAAUUUGAUGGUACGAGGAUAUAAGUUUCCAUUUUCCUUCAUCUGCGUAAGCAAGUACUUUGUCAUGUCUUUCUCCUCCUGUCGCAAUGGCAGAGCUAGGAAGUUGAGUAAGGAGAUUAAAAGAAAUAUAAAAAUUUCACACCUAAGAGAUGAACCUAUGCUAAGGAGAUUCAAUAGUUGAUAUAUUUACAUAAAAAAAAUCAGUUGCCCUUUUUACAUCGUAUAAUUUUGCAGCGAAGGUGAUUCAAUUGAAACCCCUUUACCAAAGUUAGCUAUGUCCUUGCCUCCUGACCAACCUUCAAAAGUAAGCUUUGGUCAAGAUAGGCUGAUGGGUGACAAGAAGAAGGCUGGAGCUCUUUUUGUGAGGCUUGUUUCAGCUGCUGGAACUGGAUUCUUCUAUGUAAAGAAGAAAACCAAAAAACUUCAGACGAGUCAGACGAAGCUUGAAUUUAGAAAGUUUGAUCAUCGUGUCAAUCGUCAUGUUUUGUUCAAGGAAGAAAAGAUGAAGUGAUACAAAAGCCAAACUUGUACCGAACCCUCUUUAACAUUUGCCUUUCCUUUGCAACAACCAGACUUGAAAUUAGAUAAAAGAAACUUGUACCACAACAACACGGUUGUUGUUGAGUGAAACAUUGUUGCUGAAGAAUGACUGAAUGAACGAAUCAUAUUUUGUUUACUGCAAUAA